AUGUCGUGGAUGGCUGGCCUUGCGCGGAUAAGCGGCGUGCGAAUCACCCCCGUGCGGACACCCGCGCGCGGAAGAUCAGCGCCAUCCGCGGAGGGGGCGCGCAAGCGCGGGGGGCUGCUGGUGGUGCGCGCCGUGGGGGAUCACCAGCUAGCGCCGCUGCCGUACCAGCUGGAUGCCUUAGAGCCACACGUCUCGCGGUCAGCGCUGGAAGCCCAUUGGUCGGGGCACCACGGGCGCCAGCUGGCGGCGCUGAACCGCCAGCUGGACGCUGACCUGGCGCUGAAGCGGCUGCCGCUGGAGGAGCUGGUGAAGGUGGCUUAUAACGGGGGCAACCCUCUUCCCUGCUUCAACCUCGCUGCUGAGGUGGGAGAAGUGGGGGGGAGGGGGCGUAGUGUAGAUGUGCUUGUAACGAGGAUAAAGAUGGUGAAGGUGGUCAACCCCAUUCUCUGCUUCAACCUCGCUGCGAGAGAUCUUUUGGGGAUCCAGAGAGGGGUGCUGCAGCUGCUUUUCUUAUUCCCAUCUUCCCCACCCCACUCAUACCCACUCUCUGCUACCCCCCCCUCCCAUUCUCCCUCUCCCUCCCCCCACGACAGGCAUGCAAUCACGAGUUCUUCUUUUCGGGAUUCCAGCCGGAAACCGAGGCAGCCGGAGCAGGGAGGUGGGGAACCGGCCAGAGGAAGAGGUGCUGCCAUUGCUCCCCCUCCUUCAUUCCUCCUCAACUCUCCCUUCUCCACUCUCCCCUCGCCUACCCCACGACAGGCGUGGAAUCACGAGUUCUUCUUCUCGGGCUUGCAGCCGGCAGACGAGGCAGAAGGCAGGGAGGGGGGCAACCGGCCAGAGGGGGAGGUGCUGCGGCUGGUGGAGCGGGACUUCGGGUCGGUGGAGGGGUUUCAGAGGGAGUUCAGACAGGCGUGUGCCUUGUCGUUUGGCUCGGGAUACGUGUGGCUCUCAGGUAACAUUGGGGAUUUCUUAGAAGCUGGUGGGCACGGCUGGUGGAGCGGGAAUUCGGGUCGUAUGAGGGGUUCCAGAGGGAUUUUCGACGGGCGUGUGCUGCCUCUUAUGGCUCGGGAUACGUUUGGCUCUCAGGAGAAAACAUUUGAGAUGUCCCUGAAGCUGGUGGGCAGUGGUGGGGUGGGAUUUCGGGAUAUGGGGCCGUUUGAGAUGAGAAAUAUCAUUGUUCUGGGUCUCCUGUUCCUCCUCUCCCUCUUGUUUCUCCUCCCAUUCUAUCUUUCUGUCUCUCCUCUUAUUCCCCCACCCCCUCCUCUUAUUCGCCUCCCAGCCAAGGUGGACACGGUUGUGCCAGAGGAGUGGCUUGCAGACAUGCGAGUGCCCAACACAUACCGCCUGCAGGUGGCUCACCUGCGAGUGGAGAGGACAGUCAACGCCUUCAACCCCCUCGUCUUCGACCGCAUUCAUUCCUACCUCUCAGACUAUCCCGAUAACAGGUCAGCUUAUGUGGAGGCGUUCUUGCAGCAGCUGAUGUCAUGGGAUGCAGUGGCGGCACGAGUGGACCGGGCCAAGUCCCUCACCAACUUCUGGGAAAUGCCUGCUCCUCCUGACGCCUUCAUCCGCCCAGGAUUCGUUCUCCUUCAAAUCUGUGCGUCCAUCUCAGCGCUUCUCCUCCAAUCGCCAGGCACAGCGGCUGACCUGGAGGCCAGGCUGGCAGCUGCCACGUCAGCAGCGGAAGGCGGAGGGGGAGGAGGAGGGGAAGGGGGCGCGGGGAACGUGUGGGGGAUGAUGGGGGGAGUGGUGGAGCUACUGGGGGCGGUGGGGGACGAGUGCACGGACGAGCAGCGGUGGUCCGUGGGGGUGGUGACUCUGCAACGCAAGCACGUGUUCGCCAUGGAGGUGGGUGAGUGGGGAGAGAAGUGGGGGGGUUGGAGGGGGAGGGGGAAGUGUGCGUGGGAUGAUACAGGGAACGUGGGUGUGGUGGUGACUCAGCAGCGCAAGCACGUGUUCACCAUGGAGGUGAGUGAGUGGGGAGAGAAGGGAUAUCUGGGCGUCUCAUGCGCGCUUUCAUCUCUCGCCCCUUCCUCCCUUUCCUCUGCCUUCCUCUCCUCUUUUUUCGCCCUCCCUUUUUUUUCCAUCUCCCAAUGCACUUGUGCUUUUGUGAAGGUUCGGAUUGGUUUCUUGACGGACCUGUUAGCAGCUGACACGUGGCAGUCACACGUGCUGCCAUUGGUGGAGCUGGCCGUUGACUCCCUCCAGGAGCCAAGUCUGUGCGAGGUGGCAGCAGAGGUGGUGGGCGAGAUGGCCAGUCGGCACGAGGAGGCGAGUCUAUGGGAGGUGGCAGCAGAGGUGGUGGGCGAGAUGGCCAGCUGGCACGAGCCCCUACUCCCAACCAUCACCCCGCACCUCCUCUCCUCCUUCUCCCAAGCCGCCGCCACCCACCCCGACGCCUUCCCUCCCCUCGCCUCGUCGCCCUCCAACGCUACUGCUGCUGCUGCUCUGCCUGCGCCACCACUCUCCAGUGCCGCUGGCACAAGCAGCAUGGAUGAGGAGGAGCGGGAAAGGCUGGUGGCUGCUUUUGCAUCGGCUAUUUCCGAUGUUGGCCUGGCCGGCCCUGCACACGUGCUGCUCUCGCCUCACCUGCGUGACCCCUUCGCCACCGCAGCCUUAAGGUGUGCGUCUGUCUGCUCCUCCGAUCAUCGAAUCGCCAUUUCUCUUCUGCCGCUCUGGUCAGGCCUGAGUGAGUUCGUGUCCUCGCGUCUCAACCCAUCAUCGCCCUCAUCACCGGCUCUAUCAGCCCAGGACGCAGCAGCAGCACACGCCAUUCUCCUCGCCGCCCUGCCUCUCUGCCUCUCGCAUGCCAAGCUCAGCACGGCCAGAGUAGGCGGGGGAAUGGCAAGCGAGCAGCAGCAGGAGGAGGAAGAGGAGGAGGAUGAGGCGGAGGCAGCGGUGGAGGAUUAUCGGGAGCAGCUGGAGGAGACGUUGGUGGACGUGAUGAGAGCAGUGGGGGCGGCGAACUACCUCUCAUGUGUGAGUGCUGCUGGGGCGGCACCGGUCCUGCUAGCCUCUCCCACCCCCCAACCGCACCAACUGCUUGCUGACGUUUCAGCACUGGAGCUGCAGCUGUUCGCCUCUCAGGCCGUGGCGGAUUCUGAUAGGCCAGUGGACGCGGCAUGGGCAUGUCAGGUUCUAACAGCAGUGGCUGCUGUUGCUGCUGCUGCUGCUACAGCUCCCCAGCCUUCCAUUGCUCCCCGGUUACAACCGUGGGUGAGUGGCGUUACAACCGUGGAUGCUCCCAUCACAUGCCACCAUCCUAUCGCCCCCUCCCACCACCCCAUGCCAUCACCCCAUCCUCCGUCUCAACAGGCGCCUCAAAAAUCUCCUCAUCAUCCUCCGUCUCAACAGGUGCAUCGAGCAGUGGCAGCCAAUGUGUUGGUGUAUCUCUCCUUCCUCCCUCGCGUGCCGGCCAUCGUCCCUGCCUUGCUGCAAUCCCUCUCGCAGGGGCUGCUGCCUCCCACAUCACAGCAAGCAGGCCCCGCUGGAGCCACGCCCACACCUGCAAGGGGCGGCAGGAGGAUCGGCAGAGGUAGUAGCAGAGCGAGCGAGCAGGCCACGUCGGCGUGUGCUGCUGCGCUCUGCGCUCUGUGUGAGGCACACAAUUCCGAGGAACCACCGCCUGCUGCUGCUGCAUCAGCGUCGGAGAACGAAGGCUUGGCGGCACAGCUGGUGGCUGUGGGCGAGGUAAGGGGUCUUUUGAGGCGCCUCACAACGAGCUCUGCACUGUGCUCGGUACCUUUUGAGGCGCCUCAAAAUGCACCUCAGCUGCUGGCUGUGGGCGAGACCCUACACCUGGCGCGCCUACAGCCGAAGCAGGAGGCUGACAUCAUCACAGCAGUAGCCUCCUCCGUCUCCUCCCUGCCACCCUCCCACCUGCUGCUCGCGCUGCAGCGAUUGCUGCACCCCGUGCUUGCAGCUUUGCACGCAUUCUCGGCCCAACCUUCCUCCCCUGCAAGUUUUGAGACGUCUCAAAACUCAAAACUUGAGACGUCUCAAAACUCAACUUUUUCCCCUCUUUUCUCACCCACCAGGGCCAACCUUUCUCCCCUGCACCCACCCCGUGCUCUCUCCAAUCGCCUGCAUGUACCAUGCCUUGUCUCGCCUAUCCACCAUCUCUGUCCAUCCUUCCUCCCCUGCACCGAAUCCGCCCUCUCCUCCCUUCAAUCCGCCUUCUCUGCAUCUGGCCCACCACCCGCCCCCCUCUCCCUCUUUCUCUGCCCGCCCAUCCUCCGAACUACCGAAACACUCCUCUCCCUGCAACCACUCACUACUGCCGAUCAGCUCCAGUUCAGCACAGCCCGCGCCACGUUAGCGCUGAUGUUCUUCGUGUCAGCACCUGCCAGCAUGGCACUCAAGGCCCCCAAGGGUGCGGAGCAGCAACCAGAGCUCGCGGAAGCGCUGUUGCACUUAGCAACGUUUCUCCUCAACCUCGUGCCGCCUGCUCACAUGGCUUCAGACCCCUCAUCGCCCGUGCUCCCACCGCUCUCCCAUCUCCUGCAAGUGGCAGCACGGGGAUGCACAGCAGCACACAGAGGGGUCUCCGCCUCCUCCUUCGCCUUCAUCUCAGCCUUGAUGACAGCAGGGACACAGCAAGCGGGGUUUCUCUCGUUACAGUCACAUUCACAGCAGUCAGUGCCUCCCCUGGUGCAGCUGUGCACGGCACAGGGCGCUCUGCUCUCCCACACACUCAUCGCUGCCCUGCUGGGUCCCAGCGCUGUUUCACGGGUGCACAAGUGUGUGGGUCUGCUGCAGCAACUCUUUUACGUGUGCUGCUGUGCAACUCGCGCUGGCAGUUCCCCUCACGCACAGGAAAGCACGCCCGGCUAUCCGCCCUGCCGCCUGGCUUCCUGUGAGCACGAGAGGCGGAGGCAAUCCUCCCUGCAUGGCUCACAUCACAUUCUCAGUCCCUCUUCCACUUCCCGCAUUGCCCCGUGCCACGCCCCGCUUGCUCCCACCAACAAUCUUUCAGCUCUCCUCCCUGCCGCCCGGCUUUUUGAGAGCAGGAGAAGCGGAGGCAGUCCUCCCUGCGUGGCUCGCGCAGCUUGCCUCUUCUCCUCCGCCUCUCGCCGCUUUGUCAUCUGA